UGUCAUAUCAGCAUCGGAUUUUCUCAGCUGACUGAAUUUGUUGGGAGACCGUUCGAUAUUUAUCUUGUUUUGUUAUUUCCGUAUUUUGAAAUAAUUUUAAAAAUGCUUAAUGAAAGUUAAUGAAAAUCCUACAUGAAUAUAUUCACAAAUGUUAUAGCAAAAUAAUAAUUAAUAAUACACAGGAGGAAGUGAUCUCCAGAAGAUAAAUAGAAUUAAAGAGGAAUGUUGCGGAAUAUACUUAGCGGUAUAAAAUACCAUGCGUUUCUUCCAGCAAAUAACAAUGUACAAAUUGUCCGUUCUUUAAACACUGAAUUGGCAGCUGCUCUAAGACCAUUCUAUUUUGUCGUGCAUCCUGAUCUCUUUGGACAGCAUCCGGAGCAACGCGCUGUCAAUGAAGACUCGUUGAAACAAUUAAGUUCUCAUAUGCAAUUGAUACAAGAAAAUAAAUUCUAUGCUUUACGUGAAACGAAGGUUUUAAAAUUUUACAUACGCGAUGACAAAGCAGAAGAUAGAAAUACAUUUAAGUUGAUUAAAGUUACCUUGGACAAUCGAUCGAAAGAUGCUAAAACGAUAAUAACAAAACUACUCGAGUUGUGCAAUCUACCAACAGACUAUGUUAAAAGCCUUAAGAGUAUACCGACAUCGGGUACUGGCAACUUAAGUAAUGACAGAGCUGAAACAACAGGCUUUAAACCUGGCCAAGAUUACCGUUAUGGAUCUGAAUUCGCAGGAUUUGAAUACUCUUAUUAUAAGGCCAAAGAGGAAAAUAAAAAAUCUAUUGAUACAUGGAUGGCAGAUAAUUCGGAUUUAGCCAAACAGCGCGCUAAAGAUUUGCAGCCACUCAAACGUGAUGUCGAAAUUCUCCAAAAAGAUGUCAUUGAAAAUCUUGGUUUACAAGAUGCUCGCUACGAUUGCGGUUGGAAUUUCGAGCAUUAUAGAGGUUGCCUAAAAACCUUGGAACGUUUGGCUGCCCUGCACAAGGAUCAUGUGAAACAUUUACGCGGACGUGUUGUCGUAUUCGCUCCAUUUACCGGCAUAAGUCUAGAGGGACAUGUUAUGCUCUUCACCGGAGAUGUUCUUAAUAAUUGGAUCGAAUUUAUACGCAACAUUCCGAAACACGAUGCCUUUCUUAAGAAGAUACCACUCUAUGAAAAUACUCUUUCGCAGGUGUUACGGAAUAUUCGAAUUGGAAGGAGAAAAUUCAUGCCAAAGCAACAGGCUGUGGAAUAUGCCGGACAUCUAAUGAAAGUAACCACAACACUUGGAGAUUAUUUAACUUUAAAUAAAUUUCCCAAAUCAUGGCCUUCCACACUGACUGAAUAUGAGAUUGUUAUUGAAUCUGAAGCAGGUCCUUUGAUGGUCAGUCCUACAGGACAAUUAAUAGCACCAGCCACUUGUCCCGGAUUUAUGUUAGUUGAUUUUAUAAGUACAAACAUGCCAAUAGCCAAGGAACGCAUGGCAAAAUAUCAGGAAGAAAAACACAUAGAACGAGAAUUAACUAAACGUUGUAUUGAGGAAAUGAGAUUGAAAUCAUUGACCAAAGACGACUCUGUGACUCCAGAGAAAAUGAUUGGAACAUUGAACGACUUAUUGAAAUGCAACAAAACACAAUUUUCCGACCUUGAUUUGCAUAUAACAAACUAUUAUUCGGUACUGACCGAUGGCAUUGUGUGUAUACCGUGGGACUUCAAUACGAGGUUAUAGUAUUUGCGAUUCAAAAGAAAACUACACUAUACAUGUCUGAUGUAUAUAAACCACCUAUUACUUCAUAUAUAAAACUUGAUUUCUUUUGAUUUCUUUA